UGUAAUUUUAAUGCCAUGGUGUCUUCAUGCAUGCAUGUUUUAAUGUGAUAAUAGAUUGUUUUUUAAUUUAAAGAAUUUAUAAAUUAUUCAUAGCUAAUUUUUCUUUUAUAAUCUAAUCUUAAUAUUAAUAAGAAUGAGUUCUUCGACAAAUAAUGAUUCAAACAAAUCACUUGUUGUUUAUGAAUCACAUUCAGUGUGGAUGAAUAAUUUGCUACAAAAAUUAGGAUUAAUCCAGGUUAGCGAUGAAAAAACAGGAGAAAAUGAAAAACUCGAAAAUGAUGACAAAAAUUACAAUGUUUUUAAUAAUGAAGAAAAUGGAAUCAAUGAUGAUGAUGGUUCUGAUAAUGGUUUUGAUGAUGAUGUUUCAUGUGAUAAUUAUUUAAAAAAUUUGGAUCCCAAAGAAUGGAAAGAUCAAGAUCAUUAUAGAAUAUUAGGGCUCAGUAAAAAACGUAUCAAUGCUACCGAAAGUCAAAUUAAAAAAUCUUAUCGACGUAUUGUUUUGCGGCAUCAUCCGGAUAAGCAAGGUCAAAAUAUCGAUCUGAACUGUCAUUAUUUUUCCUGUAUUACUAAAGCAUAUGAAAUUUUAAGCGAUCCAACCAAACGCCGUUCAUAUGACAGUGUUGAUCCAACAUUCGAUAAUACUAUUCCGAAUCCAACCACAUACAAUAAGAAUCGAUUUUUUGAGAUAUUUACUCCAGUAUUUGAAAGUAAUGCUCGUUGGUCAAUGAAAAAACCAGUACCAUCGUUGGGAAAUCAAGAUUCAACAUAUGAAGAGAUUAAUGAUUUUUAUACAUUCUGGUAUAGUUUUGAAUCAUGGCGUGAAUAUUCAUAUCUUGAUGAAGAGGAAAAAGAAAAAGGCGAAAAUCGUGAAGAACGAAGAUAUUUAGAUAAACAGAAUAAAAUAGCACGUGCUCAACGAAAAAAAGAAGAAAUGCAACGUAUUAGACAAUUGGUGGAUAAUGCAUAUCAAUGUGAUCCUCGUGUUUCUAGAUUUAAGGAAGAUGAGAAAAAACGACGACAACAACAGAAACAAGCUAAACAGGCCAGUAUCAAAGCUAAAGAAGAAGAAGAACGAAUUCAACGUGAAAAAGAGGAACAAGAAAUGGCUGAGAAAAAACGUAAAGAAGAAGAGGAACGACAAAAACGUGAAGAGGAACGAAAACAAAAAGAAUCAAUGAAGAAAAAGACUAAAAAAGAGAUUAAAAUAUUGGAAACACUUUGGGAAAAUGAAAAUUAUUUUGCUGAUGAUCCAUCGAUCAAAAUUGAACAUAUGAAAGAAUGCGAUAAAAUGACCAAAUUGUAUUCAUUAGAACAAAUAAUGGAAUUUCGUAAACAUUUAGAAUCGUUUACGGAAAGGGAAGCAAAAAAGAGACAUUUUCUUAUGGAAAUUGAAAAGAUGAACAAAAAAUUGGAAGAAGAACGUUUAGAAUUAGCCAAGAAUAGUGCAGCUACCAGUGGCACUGGUUCGAACACAUCAAACACGACUUCGACAAAAAAACAUUGGUCUUAUGAUGAUGUUCAAUUGUUGAUAAAGGCCGUUAAACUAUUUCCAGCCGGUACACCGAAUCGCUGGACAGUGAUUGCCAAUUACAUUAAUGAUAAAACUGAUUCCAAUGUCGUUCGUAAUCAUCGUGAUGUUCUGGAAAAAGCAAAAGAAUUGCAAAAAUCUAAUGAACAACAGCAAGAUCUUAAAGAAGAGGCUAAUAAGAAUGCAUUUAAAAAGCUUGAAAUUCAUGCUACUCAAAAUGUUAAUGUUGCCCAAGAAUCUGCUCCAAGUCAACGAUAUGAUGCUCCAAGUUCAAUACUAGAAGUAAAUGAUAGUCCAUGGACAAACGAAGAGCAACAAUUGUUAGAACAAGCAAUGAAAACCUAUCCUUCAAGUUUAGGUACCGAAAGAUGGAAUCUAAUCGCUGAAUGUAUUCCGAAUCGAUCACGAGCUGAUUGUAUAAAACGUUAUAAAUAUUUAGUAGAAUUGGUCAAGGCAAAAAAUUCGGCAAAAAGUAAAGCAAAAAAAUAGCAAUUUUUUUAUU